AAGCGAACAGAUAAGCGAACAAAUAAGCGAACAAACAAACAUGCAUACAAAUGAAUGCGUAAAUAAAGAAGUGAAACAAUUUUCUGUUGCGCGGUAGCCCCACGAAGUAGCAACCCUUUUCCACCUUCACAGACGCGCAUGUGGGGAGGGGCUUCCCCCUAAAUGUGCCAAUCGAUUUGCCGAACUGGAAAGGAGCAAGCGAGAACUGUUCCAAGGAACGCUGACCGUUGAGGGCGAAUCGUUCGUAACAGAUAAGGCGGCGCAACCCAGGCGUGGAAAAGACACACACACACAUUCCGUGUUGAACGUUUGGUGAGACCUGACCGGGUUGACCAAUUAACUGGCAGGCACAAGGCACACUUCUCCUCACCUGUCGGCCGGAGGUCUCGUAAAAAAUGAAUUCCUCCUUAAAGGGCAUCGAAAACGAAAGCAACUUUUUCAUCAAAUCAUUCUUCGAGUCGCUGUCAAAUUUUAUUAAAAAUGUGAAGAUCGAAAUAAAGGACGUGUUCGAAUUGCUUAACUACCCCUGUGUGUAUCAAAACUGCAAAAAAAAAUUCAGCAUCAGCGAAAAUGAGGAUUACAAAAACACGCUGGAAACAAAUGUCAUAAGCAAAAUAGAUAAAAAGAACAUAGAAAAUUUCCAGCAGUACCAAAAAGAGUUACAAAACAUGCUGGAGAAUAUUAAGGUAUUCAAUGAGAAGUACAAAAUGGACGUUCCUUUGCUUUUUAUCAUCGAGAAUUUAAUAACCCUACACUUGAUUAAUGAAUACAAAAUAAAUAACAUUGUGAAGAAGAUUCAGGACCACAACAUUGCUAUGCCUGAGCUGAAGAGCGACUUGCCAAGUUACUUCGUUCAAACGUUGGAAGUGGAGGAAAGCGAAAAUGAUGGGGAACUUGGACGGAAGCUAAGCGAAACGAGUAACCUAUCAAUUAAUAACAGUGUCGUUAAGGACCUGCUGGAAACCUCACAGGUCAGAAUUAAUUUGUCCAAAUUGAGGGAACAUAAUGAAGAGAAUUAUUUCCACGCGGGGAGGCCAGUGUACACCUCCAGCUACAAUUCCAAGUCAAAUGACCUUUUGGCAUUCAAAAAGGAGGAGGAGGAGGAAGGAGGAGGAGGAGGAGAUGGAGAUGGAGACGGAGAAGAAGAUGCCCCUGGGGGGGGAGGUGCACACACUGUUGGGGAAGAAAACAGCCUCGCGCAACACAGGGAGGAAGAGGAUCUCAGCAAUAUGUCUGUGCGGAAAAAGGAAGAGGAGGAAAAGAAAAGCAUCAUCGAAAAUAUCGGGUUGUCCGAGGAAACGCUCAAGCUGCUUAAUUUGCUGCCCCAAAAGAGGAAGGCGGAGUGA